UUAUUUGUUGCCGCUUUUUAUUUUUUCUUGGCUCUUUAUUCAAUAAAUAUAUUUUUUUCUUCCUUUUAUAGCCCAUCAUUUAUUUUCUCAAUUUUUUCAUUCACUUUUAAAACCUUUGUCUUUUUCAAAAAAAAUUUUUUUUAAUUUUGCCAAAUAUUCCCCCAAACUCUCCCACUUAUCCCAUCUUUAGGACCAACUCAGAAUUGGCAGCAGGUCAACGUACCGAUAGCUCAACAUACCGCAGAGGUAUAUCUUCGUUCAAAAUAGACGAAUCCGGGACGCCUUGGUAUGGUUCAAUGCAUCUCGACGAGCUGGAUCGAACCAUAUCGGGGCGUUCCGUAUUCGGCCAGUUUGAACUAAGUUAUAGUUGUGCGGUUGGCCUUGCACAAGUCAAUAAUAACGGUCGUCGGCCAAUGUCAACAACUAGCGCUGGAGAAGGAAGAAGAAGGGAAGGAGGAGGAGGGGAAAGAAGAGAAGAAGGUCAACAAAGCGAAGUAGAUUAUAGUUCUAGCGAUUUUCAACAUGCUAGGGCAGCUAUAGAAGAAGCUGCUGCUCGACAACAAAAUUUUAGAGGGCCUCCAGACAGAUUAAGACGUGUUAGGAGGAUUGGGGAUACAACUGUUAUAACAGAACAUCGAGACCCUUAUUCUUUCUAUUGGCAAUUGGAUCAAUUAAAAAAUGCCGAACAAGAACCAGCUAGAUUACCUCCACCUGUUGAUUAUGUUUUGGAAGAGGAAGAAGAAGAAGAACAUUGGAUAACAGAAGAAGAGGAAAGGCAACCCGGUCCUCCCCAAUUUCUUUCGCCCGAUAGUGGUGUACAUUUUGUUCCGAGAGGGGAACAUGGAGAAGAAUUGGAGGUGGAAGAAGAGCAACGAGGCCCUGUCUAUUCGCCUAUCAGAAUAAGUGAAGGUGAGAAGAAUAGUUUAUCUCAAUAA